UCGCAAUAUUGAAUAUGCUUAUCCAAGCUACAAAUGGAAGGCCAAUGGAGUCAAUGGCUAGGGGUUCAUUGUAGGCCAGACAAUUGGUGAGGUUUCAAAAAUGCAGGUGAAUGAUGUGGAUUCAAGUGGCCAGCAUGCGCCCUUACAGCAAUUGAACAAACCCCGCGUCCGUUUGUGAGGCAAGAUCUUCUCUAACAGCCAUCAUCCAACAUGGCUUCCCCGAACCCAAAUUCCAGCCGUGCGAUUCCAACCCAUGGCUUCACAAAGCUCGGAGCCGGAACUCCAAUCCUCGCCAUCCGAGGCGUCCUCUGCAUGUCAUGCUGGAAAGAAUUUUAUCCCGGUUCCUUAAAGAAGUGUACAGGUUGCAAACGCGCAUCAUACUGCUCUACGGAGUGUCAGAAGAAUGAUUGGGGAGAUGGGCAUAAGAGAUUUUGUAAGUUCUCGCGGGGAUUUAAUUCCAGCGCGACUGAGAUCUCUAUGCCUGGGAGAACUUGGGAGGAGUAUAGUGCGGAGAAGGUACGUGAUUCAUGGUGAUUUGAGUCGGGAAAUCCGACAUCGCGCUCCUGCUGAUGGAGCGGAAACGUUGUAGUGGGAGGAAGUGAAAGAAUAUAGGAUAAACGAUCAGCCGUUUGACGGUACUUAUUGCGACGACUGGCGCCUGAUCAUGUAAGUGAGCUCAGUCUUCCGAGAUGUUCUUAAGAAAGGGCAAUUAUGAUGUUCCCUUCCCUUCCUCUUCAUUUUACCUGAUGAAAAGACACAUCUAACAUUUGAAUAGGUAUGAGACAGUAUGUCAAUACUGCUAUCGUUCUGCACUCCAUCUCAAGAAAGACGAGUCACUAAAGCUAUGUCCCACAUGCAGCGUUGCUUCGUUCUGUACAUCAUGCCCGCAAAUCCAUUCAGAAUCGCAAUGUGGACUCUUUGCUGAAUUGGCAUUCGAUGAAAGAUUCGUGGUGGAUUAUCUCCAGCACGAAGGCGAGAACUUUGUCAUCAAUAGAACGCAAAUCCCACGAACUGAACAUAUUCCACUAUCGACGGCAUCAGGAUGUUAGUGCUUCACCUGCGCAAAUCUUUAGGCUCUCUUGGUUGGACAUAAGCUUACUCUCGAUAUCCUAGGGUAUGAUUAUUAUACCAGAAUAUCUGACAAAGCCUACGCUCUCACUCCAUACACAGAUCUAGUCCCACAGCUAGACCACAAUCCCAUUUCCGCACUGGGUUUGAUGAGAAAACUAACGACCUCUCUGGCCCUCCCGUUAACCAUCCUUGCAGGUCUAGAGGCAGUGCUUCCCGAUCUCACAACCCGCAAAAGCAUCAGUCUCCAUUUGAUUGGCGCCUCCGGUCAAGAAACACAACUCUUCCCAGUCUUCUCGGAAAUCUUGCAUCAAUUGCCCUCUCUCCUCUCCCUGAAAAUCUUCGCUGUUGGUUUUGACCUCCCACAGCACCUCGUGGAGAAAUACAAAGCUCAAGGAGAAGCAGUGGAGGUAGCCUGCUGCGACAUCUGCGUUGACAAAGGAUGUUCCCCAUCCCUCGCGUUGUGGAAAGCGGCCUACCACGAUUUCGCCGCCUCAAAUCAGUACGAGAAGCCGGACCUAGCAGUGGCGUUCCAAAGCGGCUUCUCACAAGAGGAUAGAGUGGAGUGGAUGCCUACUAUCAAACACCUAGCUCAAGCUAGUCAUCCGACGUUGUUCACGUGUUACACUGAGUUGGAGAUGCUAGAGGAGACUACCAUCUUCAAAACUAUAGGAGCGAAUUUCCUGAAGCAGCCGGAGAUCAAUAAGUGGAGGAGUUUGGUACCUGUCUUGGACCCCCCUGCAAAAAACGAAGAAGACGAUGGGGAGUUGAAAAGAUUGUAUGGUGGUGAGAAUGUGCAGUUGACGAAUGGACAGGAGGGCAGUGUUUAUUUUCAGCAGUAUUAUUGGUAUGUCAUCGGUCCAAAAGUAAGCUGAGGACUGGGAUUGGGAAAAAGAUUUAGGAAAUGAUGGAGGGAAGGGGGCUAGUGAUAUCUCGCCAAGUCAGCACAUCAAGAUUCUUUCGCAAUGUCUCUGAGGAUUAUCUAUUCUAUCUCUUCG